AUGUCUGUCGGCUCCGAGCUGACUCGAAGCUAUACAGCCGGCGCAGAAGGCUACACCACAGAGACAAUUGCGCCCGCCGUCUCCCGACUGCCCAGUGCUCAGAAUCCGCCAGACUACGAAGUCUCCUGGGAAGCAGACGAUCAUGAAAACCCCCGUCUCUGGCCACUAUGGUACAAGGGCCUCAGUAUUGUGACGAUAAGCCUGGGCGCGACCGUAGUCAGUCUCUUCAGCACGGUCUACACCUCCGGAAUCCCAGGCCUGGAGGAGGAAUUCCACAUCUCCAAAAUCGUCGGCCUCUUAGGCGUCUUCACCUAUCUUCUCGGUAUGGCCAUGGGGACUUUUGUAUCCGCGCCCCUCAGCGAAGUGCUCGGUCGACGACCGGUCUACCUGGUGUCCAUGGGGGUUUUCCUCAUCCUGGUUCUCCCAAGCGCACUGGCAACUAACAUAGAGGCGAUCCUGAUCAGCAGGUUCUUUGGAGGCCUGUUUGGCAGUACAAUCAUGGGCAAUUCCCCAGCUUCGGUGAACGAUAUUGUCUCCGAUACACAUCGCGCGGCGGCGUUUGGGGUUUGGUCUAUUGGGCCGGCAAACGGGCCUGUAUAUGGACCCAUAAUCGGGGGCUUCGUGUUCGAAUACCUGGGCUGGAGAUGGACGAACUGGAUCGUCCUCAUCAUAGGCGGUGCCAUUUUCGUCUUAAUGUGCCUUAUAAAGGAAACCUACGAGCCCGUCAUCCUCCGACACCGUGCAGCGAAACUCCGCAAAGAAACAGGAAACCCGAAGUGGUGGACCCGAUACGAUGAUGGAGAGACGCUGAAGACCCGACUUCGAGUCGGCCUCAGCCGGCCGCUUGUCAUGCUGGUCACUGAACCAAUCUGUAUGUUCUGGGACACCUACGUCGCGAUCGUCUACGGCGUGCUAUACCUCUGCUUCGUGGCCUACCCCAUCGCAUUCCAGACCCAGCGCGGCUGGUCCCCAGGAAUCGGGGGCCUCUCAUUCAUCGGAAUUGGAGUGGGCGUGCUCAUAACAAUAGCCAGCGAGCCACUUCUCCGCAAAGUCAUCAACAACCACCGCAGGGACCCCAAGACCGGCCAGGUUCCCCCUGAAGCAAUGGCCAGCAUUGUGACCCUUGGCGCGAUCCUGCUCGCCGUCGGCCAGCUUUGGUUCGCGUGGACCUGCACUCCAAAUGUGCACUGGGCUGUGCCGAUUCUAGCUGGCCUGCCGUUUGGUGCGGGGAAUGCUUGCGUCUUUAUCUAUGCAAAUAACUACAUGGCGCGGUCGUAUGGGAUUUAUACGGCCUCGGCGCUGGCGGGGAAUAUGUUUGCUCGGAGUGUUAUGGGCGCUUGUCUCCCGCUUGCUGGACCGUCUAUGUAUGCGGCGUUGGGGCUGAACUGGGGAGGGACACUGUUGGGACUUGUUGAGGCGGUUUGUGUUUUGAUUCCGGUUGUUUUCUAUUUGUAUGGGCAUAGGAUUCGGAAGGCUAGUCCUAUAAUUCAGGAGAUGGAGAGGAUGCGAGCACAUAUUUGA